ACACCACUAUGGCUGCUGCUACACAUCGCACCCAUCAAAAACGAAAAAGACAUCGUGGUGUUGUUCCUCUGCACCUUCAGGGACAUCACUGCACUCAAACAACCCAUCGAGGCAGAAGACUCUCGAGCUGGACUCAGCAAAUUCGCGAAACUGGCACGUUCUGUGACGCGAAGUCGGUCCGUCCUCGUCACGCAGUUCUCGUCUCAUCUCCCUGCCAUGAAGGAUGUCAGCAAACAGUCGAACAUUGCGCAUAUGAUGAGCCUGAACAGCGACGUUAUGCCGCAGUAUCGACAGGAGGCACCUAAAACACCCCCGCACAUUCUCCUUCAUUACUGUGCCUUCAAGGCCAUUUGGGACUGGGUCAUCCUUUGCCUCACCUUCUAUACGGCGAUCAUGGUGCCCUACAACGUGGCCUUCAAGUACAAGACCUCUGAGGACGUGUCCUUGCUGGUGGUGGACUCUAUAGUGGAUGUCAUCUUCUUUAUAGACAUUGUGCUCAACUUCCACACGACCUUCGUCGGGCCUGGCGGGGAAGUGGUGUCGGAUCCUAAGAUCAUUCGAAUGAACUAUUUGAAAUCUUGGUUUCUAAUAGAUCUUUUAUCGUGCCUACCAUAUGAUGUAUUCAACGCGUUCGACCAUGAUGAAGAUGGUAUCGGGUCAUUAUUUUCUGCUCUAAAAGUUGUACGACUUCUGCGCCUGGGUCGCGUUGUGCGGAAGCUCGACCGUUAUCUCGAAUACGGGGCUGCCAUGCUCAUCCUGCUCUUGUGCUUCUACAUGCUAGUCGCGCACUGGCUUGCCUGCAUAUGGUAUAGUAUAGGUAAGAGUGACGCUGACAACGGGAUCCAGUACUCAUGGUUGUGGAAGCUGGCGAACGUGACGCAAACCCCGUACGCCUACACGGUGUCCAACGGGUCCAACACUCUCGAGCUUAUUAACGGUCCAAGUAAGAAGACCAUGUACGUAACGUCGCUCUACUUCACCAUGACCUGCAUGACGUCGGUUGGAUUCGGCAACGUAGCUGCCGAAACAGACAAUGAAAAGAUCUUCACUAUAUGCAUGAUGAUCAUAGCAGCUGAUCUUCCGCAAGGUGAGUGAUGUGCGGCGCGAGAAGGAGCUGGCCGAGCGGCGGAAGCACGAGCCGCAGCAGGAGCUCAGUCACGACCAUCUCGUGAGGAAAAUAUUCUCAAGAUUCAGAAGGGACAAGGGCGUCGGUGGCUCCGGCACGCCCAACAGCGCAUCCUCAGACCUUGUGGGUGUAAGUGGGCGGGACUUGGAGCGAGGCUCCGGUGAGCGCUCGGACUCUGAGGUGGCCGGCACGACAGAAGCUCUCAAGGUGGUGAAAAUGCCGCCAGCCCGAAUGAACAACAUUUGCGAGACGAACGGCCCUCGGAAGUGGAAGAACAUAUUUGGAAGAAAUGAAGGUGGUGAGGAUGAUGGAUCUACGACUGACGAAUGCAACAAGAAGAACCUAAUGCAGGACGGGGUACUGCGGAGCCUGGGAGUCAAACACAACACCAACCUGUCCAAGAGAGCCAACACUUCCGCCACCAUCACACCAAGCACUGCCAACAACAACCACAACAACAACAAUAAUAACAACAGUACGAAAGCAGUGGUAAAGAAGGACACUCUUGCCCUCGAAGGAAACACAAAGUUCCACGUCAAUAAACUCGACUCCUCGGACCCCGGGGGAGGCCGGGACCAGAAGAACAAGGACAAUGAGUCGGGUUAUGUCACGGACUUCAGUGGCCACAGUCCGGUGGUCACGGCCGCGGACUGUCAGCAGAUCAUCGCGAGCCUCAUGGACUUCAAGGUCGAUCUAAAGAUUGAAAUUCAGAGAAUGAAUCAGAAAUUAACUCGUUUAGAAGACAACAUGAGUGACGUCAUGACCCGCAUGAACCACGUGCAGCGGUCGACGUCCCAGCCCGUGAGCGUGAGACCUUCCGACGAGCCACUCCGGGUCCCGCGGCGAGACAGACCCACAGCCGUGGCGGUGGAUCCCGCCCCAGACCCUGAUGAGUCUAAGCCAUUUUUACCCAAGGUUACUGCCAGUGAAGAACCAAAAAAGCCUAAACGGCGAGACAAGAACCGCGCAAAGAGUGCCGGAACGCCCCGCACGUCCCCCACCGAUUCCAACUCCCCAACCGAUUCCAUGGUGCGCGGGAUGCUUGAAGAGGAGAUUCAGGAGCAAGCGUCGUCUUCGCCGCGGGCCGAGGCUCCGGUGCCGCCGCGCUCACGUUCCAGGGAGUACCUCUGAGCUGUUAGUACAAUCUCCCUACCAGGCUCUUCCCUAUAAUGUUUCACAAACUUGAUAUAUACACGGAUAAGAAUGAAAGCUCCAGUAUUGCAUAAAAUUCUCCAGAUAAUUGCUAAUGAAUGAAUGCUGAACGUUAAGGACAGUUCAGAUUCGUUGUCUGUUAUGAUUACUGUGAAUAGUUUUGAUCACGUAUUUAGCUCAGCACACAACACAGGGCAGGGUCGUUGCAGGAGCGUAAAUUGGUACUCAGUCAGGUUAAACAUUUACGCCAACUUUCAACCUAAAGAUCGACUAUUUGGUAAAUGCGUUUAACAAAAUUUCAACAUUUUGAACCAGAAUAUGACACAUGAUAUUAGCAUUCUGAGUAAAUACCACUAUUGCAGCCUUCGUGCUCCCGAUCGCGGCUGUUACGGCUUAUUUCUAAUUAUUGCGUUGGCUCUGUCUUCGCGAUUGUGACUCCUAAGAAUAAGUGGCAAUUCAGAUGGAGUGGCAGGGAGUUGGUUGUGUUCGGGAGGGGGCGUGGGACCCCGCGCGCUCCCCCCCUUGUCACUGUGCAACACUCGCCCUUUUUGUGAUCCUGUAAUCCUCAUCCAAAGACAGUGACUGCAACUGAGGAUGCUGUGCAGGUAGCAAUCUUAGCAAUACUCAAAUGAUCCUCUCCAGGAGGAUCGAGCACGAAGAUGUGGAAACAGUGUCAGCAUUUACACACACGUACCGUCCUGUUUGUUUUGUACAUAAUAAAACAGUGUUUUGAAGUCGAACACAGAGUGAUGUAUUUCAGGUGUUUCAUCGAACAUGUAUUGAGUUUUAUUACGAAAUAGAUCAUAUUAUUCA